GUGGCCUUCAAACUUAACGAAAAAAUUGGACUAUGUUGUAGAUAUGCUCGUAAAAGGUUAUAAUAUUAAGUUGUUAAACACAUACUAAAGUUUUCUUAUUAAAUUUUUAAAAUAAGAAUAGGUUGCUAGUGUCAUCAAAAUUAUAUUUCUGGAUUAUAAAUAAAGUAGUGAACAAUAAAAUUGCUAUAUAGGUAAUAAUUAAGUUAUAUGUAUUUUAAAUUUGUGACAAAACAAGAAGUUUAGUUUCAAUGUUAUUCGUAGUUUAGUCAUUCAUGCGCUCGUUGAUAAUUGUAUUAGCGCAACCCAGAUAAUAUUCGCAGUGGUAAUAACUUAUAAUUAUGUCCUUAUUUUGAAACAGCAUAUUUAAAUUAUUCUAAGUUUAAGUAUAACCAAGAUAAGCUGUCAUUUGAUGACAUAAUGCAAUAAUUGCGGCAAAUUCAAGGAGCGUUUUUGAUAACGUUAUUUAUUGACGUGACUCAUAUUCGGUAAACCAACUUGACGUUACAGUCAAUACACAUCAUGACAGAUACUAACAAAAAAAGGGGAAGUAGUUUUCGUAAAAUAUUUCCAAAUAUAUUUUUUUCCAAUAAAAGUAAAGAAAAAAUGUCAAUAAAAAAUUCUAAUAUUAAAUUGAAUACUGACUGUGGCACAAGUCGUAGUAAUCAUUACCAAAACCCUCAAACUGUUUUCCCAAAGUAUGACAACCAGGUCGGAGGGCACCGAGACCAUGAUGAUAGAAUAUAUGAAAAUCUUUCUAACGCAUCAUUCGUUUCGAGUGUGAAUAAUUCUAGUAAUAUGGGCAUGUUAAGUAAUCACUCCUCGAACAGUACUUUGGUGUCAGAUAAUGUAAAAAUCCAGAAGCAUCAGGGUAAAGCGACGUUAUAUAGUAACGAAAUAAAUGAUGAAAAAUAUAUGGCAAGACCACAAGUUCCUCCAAAGCCUCAAAAUGAAACGUAUACACCGCUUCCUUAUUCUGAUGUAUAUUAUCAUUCGUUAGAUAAACUUUCAAACAAAAUAUCGCCACUUGAUGAAAUUGAAAUUUAUAAAGCAUCUAAAACCCAUACUCAACCUGAAUCAGUAGGAGCGGAAAUUAAAAAAGUGAGCACGAAAUUCUUAAUAUCUCCAAAAAAAGAAGCGGAUGUACGUACAAUUCAGCCUACAAGGGCUCGAAGUCUUUCUCCGAUCAAAGAAAAACCAAAAAAUACUGAACAAGGUCCUAUAGCCAUAGAAAAAGACUGGAUUGUCGAAAAACCCUAUAACUAUUCAGCACCUACUUCUCCUGUUGCUAUUAGUCAUAAAAUUCCAAACAUGCCUACAACAGUGUCGCCUUACGAACAUGUUCGAAAAACUAUGAUUGAAGCAGAAGAAAAAAGGAAUUCUGUCAAUAGAUCUUUACGAAACAAAUUUAUAUCAUCACCAAGUUCUUCUACAAGUGUUUGUAAAUCACCAUUAAUGGCAAUCGAGAGACCGAAUAUAGAAGAACUAGUUAAAAAAGAAAAAACUCGACAAAAAGUGGAAGCGUUCUAUUGGCAGAAAAUAAAAGAACUAAAGCAGAAAGAGGAUGAAUAUCUUUUGAAGCAAUCGCUAAAUAGUCCAGUCGGAGAAUCUAAAAUAUAUAAUAGAAGUUAUUCAAAUUCUAAUUGCAGUACUCCUAACACAUAUAUUAAUGAUCCCCGGAGCUUUAGUUUAUCACGACGAAUAGAUGUCAAUAACAGUAUAAAUCAGGCUACAUAUUCAUCGCCACACUUAAUUAGAGGGGCUCCGGAGCGAAGAACUGAUUCUUAUAUCACAAGUCAUACGUAUCGAACAGGAACUGAUGUUAUUUAUAGAAAUCCUGAAAAACUAGUUCAAAAUACACUUGCUUCUUCUAAAUUACCUAGUGUACAAAAUAUGAGUGCCGUGGCAAUAAAUAGAAUCGGUAGUAAACGACAAGAUUGUCCCGACAGUCAAGCGAAUAAUUCCAUUCGGAAAAGAGAAUUAUCUCGAGUAAGACUGGAUUUUGAUGAUCAGGAUUAUAGAAAUUCUCCACAAGAGUUACGUACAGCAAGUGUCACAAGUUCUAGUAGUAGUUACCUUCUACCGAUGAAUAACAGAAAUAACUCUAAAAGUACAAUUCGUUCAAUGUGCUCAGAAUCUGAAAGCGGAUCUGAAGUUGGGGAAAUUCAACGAAUAAUGGAAAGCCGUUCUCAAAAAGAGGAAGAUUGGCAAGGAGACCCUAGGAUUGACGGUGGUCUGUCGGACGGGGAAGCAAGUCGCGGCCCUACACGAGGUAGACCCUCCCGUCGAGACGACCCCAGACGACACACACUCGCAGGCAACCACAACAUCUAUAUGCAUCAACAUCAUCCCGGACAUAUCAGUACGAUUGAUAUCGAGCAACAAAGUGUCGCGCGGAUGCCGGUUAUCAAGCCAGGGUAUACCACUAUUAAUAAAUAUCACGAAAUGAAGCAAAGAACUAUAGAUCCUCGUUUAAGAAAGCCUCCUCUCCCUCGCUAUCCACCUACGAGCAAUGGCUUGCUCUUUGAUGACGACCCGGGUGUUAUGUCUGAAGUCGAGACUUCGUCAACGGGGUUCCGGCGAGGUGGCAAGCAGCGUUCCUCUCUACCUGUCGUCAGAACACCUUCAAAGACGCUCGAAAGACCGCUUGGUCUCGUAUUCCUCCAGUACAGGAAUGAGACUAAGCGAGCUCUGUUGCCGAACGAAAUAACAUCGAUAGACACCGUGAAGGCACUGUUCGUCCGAAGCUUCCCAAAACAGCUGACAAUGCAGUACAUGGACAGUGAAAACGUUAAAAUAUAUAUUCAUGAAAAUACAAAGGACAUGUUUUACGAACUGGAGGACGUAAGGGCGCAUUUGAGGGAUAUCCGUGACCGAUCUGUGCUCCGUCUAUUCGAGGCAACAGAUAUUGGCGGCGGAGUAUUUCCGGGCGCCAUGGGCGUGGGUUCAGUUCCAAUGCCGACGGGAAGUUCAAGUUGCUCAUCAGCUACGUGGGAUCCUGAUCAAAACUACUUCAGUGAACCCGAAAUCGACUCCGACUACCACUCGCAAUCGCAACACGUGCAUAAUAAGAACAAGAUAAAAGCACCUGCCUACUACAUGGGAGGCCCAGCGCCGAGUACUCUGCCACGUGGCGGGACCCACUUGAGAGCUUUCUCCCCGGGAGCUCCUGUGCCAGCUGAUCGUGCGAAAGGAACUCCAUGUGUCUCUGCGCCAAGCAAACCGGUGCGCUCGUACGUCCCAGGGAGUGGGUCAGAGCGCUGUUUCCCCUUCGUCGCCGCCGAAUGUCCCCGCGGUACCGAUCAACUAUACUCUAUCCCUGGUAACCCCAGCCUCGUCCCGUCAACGUCGCAUUCUGGAGACGGGUACGUGUCGUCGCCGGAGCGCGUGGCUCCACGACCAUAUGAAGACCCUUAUUACACUCAAUUCCUAGGGCCGGCGGCCGGGAGACCUCCGAUAGCACCAGUCAUCGAUGAGGAAACUAACGAAACGGUUAUCUUGGAGGACUCGUAUCAGAUGUACGGCGUGAACCCGAUCACCACUGCGCCGCGACCGAUGCCCAGGCCACCGUACGAUGCCAGGCUCGGUCCUCCCGUUGACGAUAUGCAACGCCUCCGUGUAGAAAACAUGGAGCGUCAGCUCGCAAAUCUCACUGGACUCGUGCAGAAAGCUCUUCAGGUUCCAGGAGCAGCGCCAACUGCGGCACCCGCCGCUGCCCCACGGCAGGAGUAUCAGAACUAUGCCCCCAAACCAGCCACUCAGGAAAAAUCUGUGUCAUUUGAAAAAUCGGUUUCCUUUAGUGAUGACCCACCAGAUAUGAACUCCCCUAAACAGCAUUCACCGCAACAUUCAGCCGAUACAAAACCAACAAAACCGGCAAUCAAGUCAUCUACUUUGCCGAGGACUUCAUCUCAAGAACGCGAUCGCCUGAAACCGGCGCCGCCUCCUAAGCCGGCGUGCCUGGUCGGGCAACAGAUGGCUCUCGUGCCGCAAAGGUCGUUCACACUUAAUGUCAAUCCCGACUUUUUCAACCAGCUUCGUGUACUCCAAAAGCAAAGCCGUGACCUGAGGAUUGAGACGCGCAAUCUACGCCGGUCCACUUUAUCCCACUCUAUACAAAUGAGACAAAUGAUGGCUGAAACCAUUGUCAAAAUUGGUGCCAUAGCUGCUUCAUUUUGCGUGGAAGAUCCUGAUUCUCAACUGACACGCGAGGAAGAAAUUUAUAGGCAAGAUAUGUUGCUUCUCGAGAAUGAUCUGUAUGAGCUAGAGGCGACCGUGGAACGCUUACGUGGCCAAGCCGCAAACAGGGAAACUCGCGUCAACAUGGCUGACAUAGAACGCAUAGCCAUGGUUCUCUCAAAAAGCAGUAAGACAGUUGCUGAUUGGAAGCUUAAAUUCCCUAUCCUCCAAGACACCAUGAAGGCUAAACUCGCCGCCGAGAUGGAGAAGGUGGUACGCAAAGAGAAAAUGCUUGAAGAGGAGCCCGAGCGUCUGGAAUUGGCUUUACGUCGAUGCAAGAAACUCACUGGAACUCUCGUAACAUUAAAGAGGUUGGCUUGCGUACAAGAACAGCGCUUGCCCAUUGACGGCCGUGUUUCGCCCAGCUCGUCACAGAGCUCGGCCACAGCCGGGCCUUCUUCUGAAGAAUAUACCACCGAGAACAUCUGUGCUACUCCAAAUAACAAUAAGGGUGGCGUCGGCGGGCGAUCAUCUGCGGGCCGGGGAGCAGCUGACGUGCGGCCGGAGAACGCCCUCGAUGCACUACUAGACGAGCUGCAAACCUUCUCGAAGCCGGCGGAGCGCGGCGCGCGCGGCGACGGCUCGCUGCGGCGGCUGCACUCGUACCCCAGCGGCAGCGACACGGACGCGUCGCCGCCGGUGCGCGCGCGCGGCCAGCACCCGCCCAAGCCGCCCGUGCCCGAGCGCCACCCCGAGCUGCUGGCGCUGGCCGCGCGCCGCGCGCCGCCGCCGCCGCCGCCGCGCACCACCUCCCGCUCGCCCCUCGCCUCCCCCACCUCCCCCACCUCCCCGCCCCGCCCCGACCCCUCCGAUCCUAACGACGAGAAAGCCGCUUCGCGUCAGGCGCUUCUGGAGCAACGUCACCAGGAGCUUCUGAAGAAACAAAAAGCGCUGCAGGAGCAGUAUGCGCGUUUGCAGAUGAUUCAACGCAGUGGACCGUCGCUACCGCCUAACGCGCUACCAGAUUUAAAGAAAACCGGAAGUGAGUCCAACUUGCUCACCAAGAUGAACUUAAAUCUAACCCCCGCGAGUAUCUCGGGAAGCAUGACGCACUUGGCCGGCGACUGCGACGUAAAAAGAAACGAAUUGAUAACAGACAACUCUCAGUCAAAAGCGCCUGACACUGUCGCUACUACCAAUAAAGUUUACGAGACUGACAUACUGUGACCGUGUCAAUUUUCCUUUGUAACUUAACCUAAGUUGUAUAAAAAAUAAUUUAGAGCAUAUACCAUUCAAAUAGCAAUAAUGACAUUAGUAAUGAUAUUUUAUUUGUCAUUAUUCUUGAAAUCUUUUAUUAUAUACAUAUGGAUGGGUA